AAAGAAAACACGUGUGUUGAAGUGAACAGUACAAAAGGUUGGGUUUUUAAGCUGAGUCAUGGCGUCUUUGACAGUAAAACAGAGAGCAGUAGGAGCUAUUGUUGGUAGCCUUGUGGCUGAUGCAGCCGGCCAACCCAUCCAUUGGAUUUAUAACACUGAAGUGCUAGACAAGGUGCUACAAGGUAGAACACACCCUGAGUUUAUAGAGGAAAGUCACUGUCCUUUCUAUAAGCAGCCAACUGGGAGAUUCACAUGCUAUGGCGACCAAGCACUGGUGGUGCUGGAAUCUUUGGCAGCUUGUAAAGGGUUCAAUAAGGAUGAUUACAAGAAACGUCUCAUGGACACUUUUGGACCAGCUUCUCCUUACGAGCCUAAACUUGGUCGCCAGCCAACGAGGGAAGAUUUACCAAUUGAUGGACCAUGGAGGAAUGGCUCUAUCAAGGAAUUUAUUAAAAAUUACCAGGAAGGAAAAGAGAAAACUGGGAAGGAGAAAGAUGCACAGGCAGAUGGACACUCCAAGGUGGCCCCUAUUGUAGCCUUAUAUGCUGGGAGGCCAGAAUUGAGGACAAUGGUGGAGGAGAUAGUGAGAGUGACACAGGAUGACAACACGCCAGUGGAGUACGCUAUAGCAGGAGCUCUCCUCCUGGAGGAAUAUAUUCUGAAUGGAGGAGGCAGUUCAGCAGUGGAGAAGUUACUUAGUAUGGACAUAAGUGACACAGUGAAGGAGCAAGUCAAGAUAGCACUGGCUGCGAAAGAUAAACCUUUCAGAGCAGCCACAAAGGAAUUUGGCUCUUCUUGUUCUUUGCCAGGAAGCUUCAUCUGUAGCAUACAGUCCAUAGGUGGCGCUGAUGGUAACUAUGUGGAUACCAUGAGGCAAGCGCUCACAUCUGGCGGAGAUAACUGUUCUAGGAAUAUGUUACUAGGGGCUUGUCUUGGUGCCCAGCAUGGUGUUGAUGGCAUUCCUGAAGACUGGAUAAAGAAAAUGUCAAGACAAGAUGUGGUGGAGUUAGCCAAUCAGCUUGUGGCCGCACGGUGUUCAUAACAACAUAAUAAGUGUUGUGGAAGUAUUGAGAAUAUAAGU